ACAGUAUGGCGACGCGUGGGGACGGGGUAGCAAUCCAGCGUCUAGACGGAGCUUCACUCUAAUAUGGGUUUUCACCGCUUGGACGUGGGAGCCGAUGCCAACUUCCACACACUCCUCUGACCUUUUGAGUGCUGCACUGAUCGGGGAAGGCUGAAGCCAGACCCUCGUUGGGGUGGGGGGAGCUUCCAAGUUAUUUUCAACUGGACUGCAAACAUGCCAGUCGUGGAGACAGAGACGGCGAGAGACCGAGGCAGUCAAGUGCUGCCAAAGGUUCCCGUGCCCCCGCUGAGACAAACCCUCGACACGUACUUGAAGUGUGUGCAGCACCUGGUGAAAGAGGAGCAGUUUAAGAAAACAAAGGCCAUUGUGGAGAAGUUUGGGGCUCCUGGAGGUGUCGGAGAGGUUCUCCAGAAGAAGCUCUUAGAGAGGAGGGACAAGAUGACUAACUGGGUCUAUGACUACUGGCUGGAGGACAUGUACCUGAACAACAGGUUGCCCCUACCGGUCAACUCCAGUCCUGCCAUGGUGUUUCCCAAGCAGAUGUUCAAAGAUCAUAAAGAUGCCCUCAGAUUUGCUGCCCGUCUCAUCAGUGGCGUUUUGGAGUACAAGGCUCUCAUUGAUGCGCGAGCACUGCCAGUGGAUUUUGCUCGAGGCCAGCUAGCUGGCACUCCUAUGUGCAUGGAGCAGUACUAUCGCCUCUUCACCUCCUACCGCUACCCGGGGUUAAAGACUGACAUGCUGAAGGUCCAGACGAAGGCAGCCUCCUCAGCACCGGAGCACAUGAUUGUGGCGUGUAAGAACCAGUUUUUCGUGUUGGAUGUAGUCACAAACAGCAAGCAGCUCAAUGAAGUGGAGAUCCUAUCCCAGCUGGAGAAGAUAGUGAAAAUGUCAGAAAACGCUGAAGAGAGACUCCCCCCUUUUGGGAUUUUGACAUCUGAUGGGAGGACAGAAUGGGCACAAGCUAGAGAGGCACUGAUAAAAGAUCAGAUCAACAGGGACUCUCUGGCCAUGAUCGAGAGCUGCAUAUGUGUAGUAUGUCUAGAUGAGCCCAGCGGCCUGGAGCCCAGUGAUACCAACAGGGCCCUGCUGAUGCUACAUGGUGGAGGACAUGAAAAGAACGGGGCAAACCGCUGGUAUGACAAGUCAAUGCAGUUUGUUGUAGGAAUGGAUGGGAUAUGCGGAGUGGUAUGUGAGCAUUCACCAUUUGAGGGGAUUGUUCUGGUGCAGUGCUCUGAAUACAUAAUGAAAUACAUAAUGGAGAGUUCCUCCAAGAUGGUUAAGUCCUCCAGCAUCAGAGAGCUUCCCCCUCCAAGACGGUUACGUUGGAAAUGUAACCCACACAUCCAAGGACUCUUAGCAGCAUCUGCAGAGAGACUACAGAGGGUGGUGAAAAAUCUCGACAUGGAUGUAUUCAAAUUCAAAGAUUAUGGGAAAGAAUUUAUCAAGAAGCAGAAGAUGAGUCCAGAUGCUUUUAUACAAGUUGCCUUGCAGCUUGCAUUUUUCAAAUGCACUGGAAGGCUUGUGUCCACUUACGAGAGUGCAUCAAUUCGACGUUUCCAAGAAGGUCGCGUAGAUAACAUUCGCUCAGCCACCGCUGAGGCCCUGGCCUUUGUGAAGUCUAUGGCAGAUGAGAGGGGAACUUUCUCCGAUUCAGAAAAAAUGAAACGACUGAGGGAUGCAAUCAACGCCCAGACAAAUUAUACAGUUGCAGCGAUUACAGGAAUGGCAGUAGACAAUCACCUCCUUGGACUUCUGAGGAUUUCGAAGGAGCUCAAAAUGGAAAAGCCAGAAAUUUUUUGUGAUGAGACAUAUUUGGCCAGUAACCACUUCAUCCUCUCUACCAGUCAGGUUCCUACCACUGUGGAAAUGUUCUGCUGCUACGGCCCGGUGGUGCCAAACGGUUAUGGCACCUGUUACAACCCACAGUCAGACCACAUCAUCUUCUGUGUGUCUAGUUUCUGGGAGAACACGGAGACGAGCUCGGUCGUAUUCAUCAAAGCCUUGAACGAGGGCCUGCUGGAAAUCAGGGACUUGUGCAAUAGAAGUGGCGCUACAGCUAGCAAACUAGCUCAUGGCAGCCAGGGAGCCGGUCAGCCUCAUAAAUCAGGGAAAUAAGCCAUACUGAGAGAGCACGCCCACUCAGCUGCUCCACUCAACACUGUUAGACUUUAGCAUGAGACUCAGUCGCUAAGAUGCCUUCAUAUGUCUUUGUUGUCUGUGCAGUAGUGUUCCUUUCAUAACAAAAUUCAAAGCCUUAAAGUUCACACGUACCUGUAUAUAUAACUAAUAUAAAAAUAAUAUAUAAAUGAAAACUGGAAAAAAAAAAUUCUCUUGGAUCUGUGUGGACAACAGAAUGAUUUUGGUCCAGCACUGAACCCGACUGACUUGGUAGACUGGCAUUAGCUGGUCUGCUGCCUUUAGGAAACUGAAGCCAUGUCCACUUUGUAACACUGAUCCGAGGGUCAAUUCCUCAGUCAGUGAGAUUCAGUUGAAUGAUCCCAGUGUAUAUCUUAGAGUAGUAAUGUACUGUAUAUGAUGGGAAAAUACCAUAUUUAAGUGACUUAUAACAAUCAUGACAUCCUGUAAAUGUGAUUCAGCAAACCUCAGUGUGUGUGCUAAAAGAUCUAAAAUGUUCUAAAGUUAUAUUUAAUCUUGGAUGUAUUUUUUUUUUAAUUCUACUGAUGUUAUCAGGUUGCCAAAGAGGCCGUGCAAAUGUGAAGUCUGCGUGAUGAGGCACUUUAAGAUGUUCAUGUCAACACGUGUAUGAAUAACUUCAAACAUAGAAAAGUGGUUGUGAGUUAUGUGAUAUGGUUUCAGUGGCACAUUCAAAGUUGUCUAGUUGUAAUGUAUACAUGUAUUGUAUAUUAUAGCAACAGUUUAUAUGUGUAAAGUGUAAUGAAUAGUGCUGCGUUAUAAGCAAGAUACAGUCAACUGGUGACUGAGGCAUACCACUGUGUUCGUGUAUGUAAGUGCUUUGUAUUUGCACUUAGAGGUAGAAGGAGGGUAUUGAUGUACUGUUAGUUAUACUGUAGGUUCUCUGUGCAAUAACACAAAAUCAAGGGUAUAUGUGCAAUUUGCCAAAACAGCUCAUUAAAUGCAUGGAGCUUCUGUAAGACUGAAUUAACUGCAGUAGCCAUUUUUGAUAUUCAGACACAAGAGAGUAAGAUUUCAGUCAAUCCCUUUGAUCUACAUCAUGCAUGCUACUUUGCUCAUAAAUGUUCAUUCAAAUUGGCAAGUAGAUUUGUCACCACACACACACACACACACACUUUUCGGUCUGUGGUGGCUUGUGUUACAGCAAAGCAAAUCAGUGGUUACUUCGCAGUACAAAUGUGAGGAUAUUUGUUGUCUUGUGUGACCAAAGUGAAUGAGGAAAUUUCAUAAUCCAUGUCAAAAAAACUUAUUAGAUGACACACAGUAUGCAUGUUUAUUCUUAGAAUAAUAGCUGUAUUUUUAUACGUCAGUGUGAAAAUCUUAUGAUAUAGUAAAACACUGUUAAAGUGACUAAAAAAUGCCUUAAAACUAAAGUCAUGCAAACUGUUUUCUGUCAUUUCAGUCAAGUUGAGCUUUGAUGUUAAUUUGAUGUGUUUCCUCUUGGUGUGUGCUGUGUAAUCUUGGUGAUACAUGUAAAAGAAUAUAUUUGGAGCACAUGUAUUAAUGCGGCCUGGUUAAUUAAUGUUACACUCAUCCAUGGUAACAUUUUUAUAAAUGUAAUUAAUGUGUAACACGUCUCUGGCAGGUCGGACAUAGUGUUUUAUUAAGUCAUUUGAUAUUAAGUGAAGUGAAAAGUCCCGUCUUCUUCAUUUUGAAAACGACAACAAAAUGCUAAUUUAUUUUUCAAAGCCCGUAGCAAUAUUUUGUUCACAGAAGACAUCAUAUAUUUAAGCUGUAAUAAAAUUGUCAUGUAGU